AUUUUCUUUCCAAGAAUUUUUAAUGGUUCUCUGUUGUCAUUGCGUCUCUAUCAAUCACUUGUUUUUCUCUAUUUUUCUCUUCUGGGAUUUGCUAUAAUUCCAAAAAAUCUGAGGUUUCUUGAAUUCAUCAUCUUUCGUCAAUUUCUAUGCCAUUCUGCUUUACUGGAUCUAGUUGAUAGCUUUGCACUAGGAUGUAGGAAAAUCGAAAUGUGUAAUAUUAAGUGAUCACUUUUAGUGUAUUCUAUUUACUAUAUUUAAUUCUUGAUGCUCAAUUGGAUAUUUGAGACAGCUUAGAUAGUUGUUUGUUUAUAGAAUCAUGAAGCAUAAGGAUGGAAAACCGGGUUCUCAACCUGAUAGAAGGUCCCGGGUUGUUCUCAUAACAAUAAUGUUUGCUGUACUAUGCGGGUUUUCCUUCUAUCUUGGUGGAAUUUUCUGUUCUGAGAGAAACAGAAUUGAGGUCAAGGAUGUCACAAAGGCAGUCUCAUCUCCCAAGGAAUCAGUGGUUGCUCCUCUCCAAAUUAAAUCCACGGCCUUACCUGAAUGCAGCAGUGACUAUCAAGAUUACACUCCGUGUACAGAUCCAAGGAGGUGGAAGAAGUAUGGUGUUCAGCGGCUUACUUUCAUGGAACGUCACUGUCCUCCAGCAUUUGAAAGGAAGGAAUGUUUAGUUCCACCACCAGAUGGGUACAAGCCACCAAUCAGAUGGCCAAAGAGCAGGGACGAAUGUUGGUACAGGAAUGUGCCAUAUGAUUGGAUCAACAAGCAGAAAUCUAAUCAGAAUUGGCUGAGGAAAGAGGGGGAGAAAUUCCGCUUUCCUGGUGGAGGUACUAUGUUUCCUAGAGGAGUCAGUGCCUAUGUUGAUCUGAUGGAAGAUCUCAUCCCAGAAAUGAAAGAUGGAACCAUUCGCACUGCUAUUGAUACUGGAUGUGGGGUUGCAAGCUGGGGUGGCGAUCUAUUGGAUAGAGGGAUCCUAACUCUUUCUCUUGCCCCAAGAGACAAUCAUGAGGCUCAAGUCCAGUUUGCACUGGAGCGUGGAAUUCCUGCAAUCCUAGGAAUCAUUGCCACACAACGACUCCCAUUCCCUUCAAGCUCAUUUGAUAUGGCUCAUUGCUCAAGAUGCCUUAUUCCGUGGACUGAAUAUGGUGGUAUUUAUCUCCUAGAAAUUCACCGUAUACUCCGUCCUGGUGGCUUUUGGGUCUUGUCUGGUCCUCCAGUUAACUAUGAAAAUCGUUGGCGAGGGUGGAACACUACAAUAGAAGAGCAGAAAUCAGAUUAUGAGAAGUUGCAAGAACUUCUAACUUCAAUGUGCUUCAAACUGUACAACAAGAAGGAUGACAUUGCUGUGUGGCGGAAAGCUUCAGAUAAUAGUUGCUAUAGCAAGCUUGCUAAACCUGAAGCCUACCCACCAAAAUGUGAUGACAGUCUUGAACCAGAUUCUGCAUGGUACACUCCACUUCGUACUUGUGUUCUUGUUCCCAGCCCAAAACUUAAGACAUCAGUUCUGGAAUCCAUCCCAAAAUGGCCGGAGCGGUUGCAUGUUGUUCCUGAACGUAUUUCAGAUGUUCCUGGUGGUAGUGCUAGCACUUUCAAACAUGAUGACAGCAAGUGGAAGGUGCGAGCAAAACACUACAAAAAGUUACUGUCAGCAAUUGGGACUGAUAAAAUAAGAAAUGUAAUGGACAUGAAUACAGUUUAUGGAGGUUUUGCUGCAUCUGUGAUUGAUGAUCCCUUGUGGGUCAUGAAUGUGGUCUCUUCUUAUGCUGUCAAUACACUUCCCGUGGUCUACGACCGAGGCCUUAUUGGAACUUACCAUGACUGGUGUGAAGCUUUCUCAACAUACCCUCGAACAUAUGACUUCCUUCACCUUGAUGGCCUUUUUACUGCUGAGAGCAACCGAUGUGAUAUGAAGUAUGUGCUCUUAGAGAUGGAUCGGAUCCUGCGUCCCAGUGGGUAUGCAAUUAUACGGGAAUCUAGCUAUUUUGUUGAUGCUAUUGCCACCAUUGCCAAGGGGAUGAGGUGGGGCUGCCGUAAAGAAGACACUGAAUAUGGUGUUGAGAAGGAGAAGAUAUUGAUUUGCCAGAAAAAGCUCUGGUACUCCUCUAAUCAGAGUUCAAGAAGAUAAAAAUAGAAAUCCUAGUUGUGGUGAUGAUCUCCUGACAAGGAUUCCAGGGGAUAGACACCAUAUAUCAGUAAAGUUCAAUACUUGACCUGCAAAUUUAUUAAAAUCCACAGGAGCCGAGGUCUACAAAUUCAAAUUUGUCAAUUGGAUUAUUAGCUACACAAUAACCUAGUUUUGUUAAUUUAUAGUGCCCAUAAAAGAUAUGUAUUCUUUGCAAGGCAUCCAUAUAUUCUUGGCAAUUUUUUUUUGAGUUCUCUUGUUUUUGCUUUUAUUUAUUUAUUUUUUGUGCUUUUACCUUUUAUAUGUCAGAGACUUUAUAUGAUAAGUGCCUGUAACAAUUUGUGAGGAUUCAAGAAGACUUACAAUCACACAUUGUGAUUUCUGUGUAAUGAAAAUUAUGAAAUUGCUGUUUCUUAUUGAAA